GGCCGUGGCGCCCCCCUCCGCGCAGCUAUCUACGCCUGCUGCCUCUCCGCCUUCCUCUUCUUCGGCUACGACCAGGGUGUCUUCGGUGGCCUCCUCCAAAACAAAGACUGGCUCAACCAAUUCCACCACCCGCGCGAUACCAUCACCGGCAUCAUCGUUGCUUCCUACUGUCUCGGCGCGCUCUUCGGCUGCAUCCUCACCGUCUUCAUCGGCGACAUCCUCGGCCGGCGUCGCAUGAUAUGGCUUGCUAUGUGCUUUAUCAUUGUGGGCGCAACGCUGCAGACGAGUGCGUUCCACAUCGGGCAUCUCAUUGUCGGACGGGUGAUUACAGGGCUGGGGACGGGUAUUGAUUCCAGCACCGUGCCAAUGUACCAGAGUGAGCUGUGCAAGCGCGAGUGGCGAGGCCGCGUGGUGUCGUGGGAGAUCUGGUUCAUCGGGAUAGGCAUCUGUCUCGCGUACUGGAUCGACUACGGGUUCUCGUACUUGCCGGGCAGCGUGGCGUGGCGGUGUCCAAUUGCCAUCCAGCUGGUUUUCGCCAUCAUGGUUGUCUUCCUGGUUUGGGGCCUCCCCGAGUCCCCGAGAUGGCUGUGUAAGAGGGGCAGGAGUCAGGAGGCGCGAGAGGUGCUGUGCGCGGUCUUCGAUCUGGACGAGAACGAUCCAUAUGUGUGCAGCGAGAUGGACGCUAUCGGCGCGGCUAUCGCCAUCGAGACUGGUGAGGGCGCACAGAAAGUCACGGGGCUUUUCAAGAAGGACAUUUUGCAGACGAGGAGGCGAGUGCUGCUGGCGUGGUUUGGACUCUUCAUGAACCAGUGGUCUGGCAUCAAUCUCGUUGUGUACUAUAUGCCCACCGUCCUCGUCGAGAACGUCGGCAUGACCUCUCAGCGCGCCAUCCUCAUUGCCGGCUUCGUCGAGCUCAUGUUUCCCGUCGGCAACACACUCCCUGCGCUCGCACUGGACCGCAUGGGCCGGCGUCCCACGAUGAUGGUUGGCUGCGGGCUCCUCUCCUUCUGCAUGAUGAUGAUCAGCAUCCUGCUAUCCAUCGGCACCGAAGCCUGCUCCGCGGCCUCGAUCGCUUUCUUCUUUCUCUACAUGCUCAUCUUCGGCGCGACUGUCAACGUCGUUCCGUGGGUCUGGGGCCCCGAGAUCUUACCUCUGGAGGCCCGCGCUCGCGGUACGGCCAUCUCCGUCAGUUCGCACUGGAUGUGGAAUUUCGUCAUUGUGAUGAUCACGCCUGUGCUGAUCAAUCGUAUUGGCUGGAAGACGUAUCUGAUCUUCAUGUGUCUACUCGCGGCUUUUGUGCCGAUUGUGUACUUCUGCUACCCGGAGACGAGUAAUCUUUCUCUUGAGGAGGUGGAUAAUUUGUUU